GAAGAGACUCCUUCCUCUUAACGUGGUUGCCGAGUCCUGGGCGCUGCCCUCAGUUUUAACCGGUAUUUGUCUCGUUUUUGAGGGUUAGACGUUAAGGACCACCUGGCUUGAGGACGGCUCUAGGUACCAUGCGGCUGCAGGAGAGGCCAGGAGUCUGAGCUCUGCAGCCUCCGAACAGAUGUUCGGAGGACGUUGUGACCAAUCCGGGCCGGAGAGAUCCUGCAGACACAGCCAGCGAGCGAGUGGGUGCCUAGCCGAGUUUCCUUUUCAGCUUUUGGCGGAAAGUGGCGUGGAGCGAGCUCCUCCGGGGGGAGGAGAGCAGAGUUGAAAGAUCUAGCCAGAUGGCAGCCGUGAAUGAAUGGACGAAGAGAGGGCCCUUAGAAUGGCAAGAUUACACUUACAAAGAAGUCAGAGUGACAGCGAGUGAGAAGGACUAUAAAGGAUGGGUUUUAACCACAGACCCCGUCUCCGCCAAUAUUGUCCUCGUGAACUUCCUUGAAGAUGGCAGCAUGUCUGUGACCGGAAUUAUGGGACAUGCUGUGCAGACUGUUGAAACUGUGAAUGAAGGGGACCAAGGGGUAAGAGAGAAGCUGAUGCAUCUGUUCACAUCUGGAAACUGUCAGGCACACAACCUUGAGGAUCUGGAAGAGAGAAAGAACAGCCUAAAGAAAUGGCUUGAGAAGAACCACAUCCCGGUCACUGAACAGGGAGAUUCACCAAGGACUCUGUGUGUGGCUGGGGUCCUGACUAUAGACCCACCAUAUGGUCCAGAAAAUUGCAGCAGUUCUAAUGAGAUUAUUCUGUCCCGUGUCCAGGAUCUUAUUCAAGGACAUCUUGCAGCUUCCCAGUGAGAACCCAAGAACUAUGGGUGCACUGAAAUAAGACUUUUUUUCUUCAUAAAAUGUUUUGAAUUUUAAGGCCAUCAUACUACAGGACUUUAAAGGCACACAAGUGUGUGUGUGUGUUUUAAUUUGUUUUGGUAAAAAUCAAAGAUGCGGAUUAUGAAUGCUAAUAAGUGUACUGUUGCAAGGAUAACAUCACAUGCAACAAAAUUAGCACAAGGAUUGUAAGUCCUUUCUUCUGAGGGAGCUAUACCUCCAUUUUUGUUAGGCAAGAAAUGUAUUUGGAAAAACACAACAUGUUACAUUUAAUAUUAAAUGCAUUAGUCCCUUGCACUAAC